CUAGCGCCAGACGCCUCGCCACUUCAGUUAGUGAGACAAUUGUAUCUGGUAUAUCUUCCAACUCAUGAAAGUCUGCUAGCGUUAACUCAAGCCUUUGACGGGCAGAGAAGAUUACUACUGUGCAAUGUGGUGGAAGUUUUAGAUAAUGGAUGGUAUAGGCUGGGCUGUAGUCUGGAUAUACUAGAUACUCAUUAUCAGGCAGCUGAUUUAGAAGCGGCUGAAGCAGCGUAUG